CAACAAUUACUUAACCUCGAAAGCUCGGAAAAACUUUCAAAGCUCGGUUGGUUUUUAAAAUAUUUUGUUUAUUCCUCGAUAGCAAAUUUUCUUUCCACCUUCGCACGAUUUUUUUCGGUGACUCUGUUUGCCACUAGGAUUCUUUCCAUAAUAUAGACCGUGUCAAAACUCUUCCUAGUUUCAUUGUCUUCCCGUCCUACCUCCUGGCCACUUGGUAGUUCUUUCGCUCUUUGUGGUUGGAUUGAACAAUUUGCACCCAUCAAGUUUUAUAUCAAGGUUUCUCUAGUAGCCACAGCAAAAUGCCUUUAGAAUGGCUGUUUGGUCGUCGUAUGACACCAGAAGAAAUGUUGAGGAAAAAUCAACGGGCUUUGAACAAGGCAAUGCGUGAUCUAGACAGAGAAAAAGCUCAUAUGGAACAGCAAGAAAAGAAAAUCAUAAUGGACAUCAAAAAAAUGGCCAAAGAAGGCCAAAUGGAAUCUGUAAAAAUUAUGGCGAAAGAUUUAGUAAGAACGCGUCGUUAUGCAAAGAAAUUCAUGCUAAUGAAGGCUAACAUCCAGGCUGUUUCCUUGAAAGUUCAAACUUUAAGAUCACAAAAUGCCAUGGCAGAUGCCAUGAGAGGAGUCACCAAAGCUAUGCAGAGUAUGAACAGGCAAAUGAAUCUGCCACAGAUUCAAAGAAUUUUACAAGAAUUUGAAAAACAAUCUGAGAUCAUGGACAUGAAGGAAGAAGUCAUGAAUGAUGCAAUGGACGAUGCGAUGGGAGACGAAGACGAUGAAGAGGAAACCGACACUAUUGUAUCUCAAGUUUUGGAUGAACUUGGACUACAGUUGACUGAUACCCUGUCCGGAUUACCUCAGGCAUCAGGUUCCAUUGCAGCUGGGGCCAAAACACCUGUGGCAGCACCUGCUGGCAAUGAUGCUGACGCUGAUCUGCAAGCUCGACUCGACAAUCUUCGCCGAGAAUAAAAUCAUGAGGGUUCCGUCCACAUCCUCCAAAAAAGUCCAUCAAUGGAACCAUCCCUGAUAACAAUGGGAAGAAAACUAGCGCCAACAAAACUGCUUCAAAGUAGCAAAAAUGUUCAGCUUUUUAUCUUUGCAACUGUAAAUAAUUCGGCAUAGUUAACUUCUUUUGGCAAUUUGCUUCCUAUGAUUUAAGGUCGUAAAUAGGUACAUGAAAAUUUGAAUUUAUUUUAUUUUUUGAUUCAGUAAGCAGAGAUGUAUUCUGAAUAUAUCUUUGAAAAAAACAAGUGGCUGUGCUGAAGGAAUAUUAGAUCAUGGCUGAACCAAUCUGUAACAUCGAUUUGAAACUAAACUCAUUGUAAAAAUUUUUUUCUAAUGUUUUUGGAAAGAAGCAUUUGGAUCAAUUGAAUACAUACAUUUUCCCCCUGUAAAACCAAAACUUUUGAAGUCUAAGCUAGUGAAUCAAUCAUUCAUGAAUAUUUUCGCAGUAUUGGUGUUUCUUGAUUUUCUCUUAUCUAAUUCCUAAGCUCUGGUUUGGCUCAAAGUAUUUGUACCCUCAUUGGAAUUUCAUUUCAUAACAGUUGGCAAUGCCCACUUGUCCAGCUCAAGGACAUUAAAGGCCAAUUAAAAACAUUCACACUCUAAAGCUAGGAAUUACUAAAACAAGAUAAAUAUUGUGAGCUCACUGCCAACCCUGGUCUAAAUUAACCAAUUUUUGUCUAAUUAAACUUAGUAUCAGUGUGCAGCUACAUCAGAGAGCUGAAAUGGUACUCUAUGGUUGAAAUGUACACAGACUUAGGCUUGGACCUCAGCCUCAUGUAUGUUCAAAAAGGUUUCUUGUCUCAUUUUACUAUGAAAACCCUUUGUUGGCUAUUAACUAGAUUAUGUUGUCUGAUUAUCUUCAUAAUCAUACUCGAGCGAUCAAGCAAUGAGUUUAGGAAGGGAAAUCUAAGCUCUCUGAAAUAUUAGUUCAUUUUUAAAUAUUUCAAAAUUAAUUUCGUCAUGAUAACAGUAAUAUCUUGUGCAAAAUGGCGUUUUUCUCAUCUUCAGUCUUUUCAAAGCGACCAAUGCUGUUGCAAAGACUAAUGAUUUUCCUUUCCUCUUGUAUUAUUUCUAAUCCAGCAAGAAAAGUCGAUUCAUGGUAUCAAUUAAUUCAUUUUUUUCUUUACCAUUUACAUUUCCUGCCUGCAAAUCAAACACGAGAUUAAAGCUCCUUAGACACUUGUCAAAGUAAUUUAGUAAAAAUCAACUGUUCUUCAGUUACCUUUUUGUCAUUGGAAGUAUUAAAAUAGAGGAGUGUGGAUUAUUGAGUUUUGUGAUUUCAUUUUGAUUAGGCUACUCGAGAUUGGUAAACGCAAAAUUUUCUCUGUAGCCUCAUGCAUUCAAAAUGUCAAUUAUUCAAGGUACUUAAACUGUGAACUGGCUUGAAAAUUCUUUGGUACAAUGAAAUAAGAUAACAAGAUGGGUCGAUCAAAAUUUUAACAUCUUGUCCUUUUGUGUUACCAAUAGUGAGCCUUACUAUCCAUGCAAUCAUGAAUUUCCCCAUGAUCUCCCUACCCUCCCAUGGAUAUGUGCUAAUAAGAUAUUCAAUGCCAAAAUAAAA